CGCGCGCUAGUAAACAGAAGAGCACAGCGUGCAACAAACAUCGCUCUGCUUUUUAAGUGGGUCAAAUGAGGUCACGCUGAUUCUUACCGAGUGUCCGUCCAGACCGGAGGGUGGCGUGCGUGUCUGUGAACGUGCCUUUGGAGCGAGGGAGUUGUGUCGAGUAAAUAGUGACUUUAUGGGUCAGAGACACAAACUGUACGUGUUGAAGACAGUCGCUGGAGGACAAACUGCAGGUUUUGUGUAUUCAAAUAUGAAACUCUGCUAAGAUUUGCUUGAGUCGUCUUUGGAGAAACUACCCCACGCAGCAGUUGCCACGGCGACAUCAUGGCGAGUGACAUGAUGCUACUGAUGCGAGGCUUGGCUAAAGUCAGCCAGGCCGUAGUUGAGACGCAGAGCAGCGUCCUACGCAGCGGGACAGGUCUUUCAGGUGUCGGCACUGCAGUCCAAAGCUUCCAAUCAGCGGCCGAGCAAGGCCUCUCUAUGGCAAUGAUGAAAGCACAGGAGAUGUCAGGGCAGCAGCAAACCUCGUCGCUGGAGUUUGACUUUCCCCAGGAUGACCUUGCAGCGUCCAAGUUCAACGAGGAAGAAUUCAUGGCAGAUGAGCAAGGCAGCGCUAAUGAGGCGGCGUCUAAUCAGAGCGCCGCAGGCGGGUUAUUCCAGGGCUUCAAGGAUCCUUCAAAAGAGUUUGGCGGCGGCCAGACGAGAUCGUACCACCAUGACGCUCGGUACGACACAGCCAACUCAGCUCAAACUCGUAUUUUGGUGUUUUUAUGUUCCUUUUUGUGCCGCAGACAAAUUGUAGGAAACCAUGCUUGGCUUCGAGUCUGCAGCCGACAGUCAGCGGGGCAACAGCGAGGCUACCAUCAGGAUCCGUCUUCCGUCGGCGGGCUGACGGCCGAAGACCUGGAAAAAGCCAGGGAGAGCAAGAGGGCUGACGUGAAACCGCACAAGCAGAUGCUGAGUGAGAGAGCCCGAGAGAGGAAGGUGCCUGUGACACGACUUAGCAGACUCGCCAACUUUGGAGGUUUGGCUGUCGGUUUGGGCAUUGGAGCCUUGGCAGAGGUCGCUAAGAAGACCAUGAGACAUAAUGCUGCAGCAGGAGAGAAUAAAAAGUCAAUCCUGGAGUCCAGUCCCUUUCUGUCUGAGGCAAACGCUGAACGCAUUGUGAGGACAUUGUGCAAAGUCCGAGGAGCUGCCUUGAAACUUGGACAGAUGCUCAGCAUUCAAGAUGAUGCGUUCAUCAACCCGCAGCUGGCAAAGAUAUUUGAUCGAGUGCGGCAGAGCGCCGACUUCAUGCCCAUCAAACAAAUGAUGAAAGCGUUGAACAGUGACUUGGGUCCAAACUGGCGAGACAAGCUGGAGUUCUUCGAGGAGCGUCCAUUCGCCGCCGCGUCCAUCGGUCAGGUGCACCUGGCCCGGUUGAAGGAUGGCCGGGAGGUGGCCAUGAAAAUCCAGUAUCCUGGCGUAGCCCAAAGCAUCAACAGUGACGUCAACAAUCUGAUGACUGUGCUGAAUAUGAGCAAUGCGUUGCCUGAAGGCUUGUUUCCAGAGCACCUGAUAGACGUGAUGAGGAGAGAGUUAGCGCUGGAGUGCGACUACAUCAGAGAAGCUCAGUGUGCUAAGAAAUUUAGGGAUCUUCUGAAGGACCAUCCCUUCUUUUACGUACCACAGGUGAUCGACGAGCUGUGCAGCAGCCAUGUUCUCACCACAGAACUGGUCCCCGGGUUUCCCCUGGACCAGGCCGAGGGCCUACCCCAGGAGCUGAAGAACACUAUCUGUGAGAACAUCCUGAACCUGUGCCUCAGAGAGCUGUUUGAGUUCCGGUACAUGCAGACCGACCCUAAUUGGUCCAACUUCCUGUACGACCCACAAACGCACAAGGUGGCGCUGCUGGACUUUGGAGCCACCAGAGGAUUCGAUCAAAGCUUCACCGACAUCUACAUAGAAGUGAUCCGCUCGGCCGCUGAGGGUGACCGAGAAGGCGUUCUGAAGAGGUCCAUUGAGAUGAAGUUCCUCACUGGUUAUGAAUCCAAGGCCAUGGUCAAUGCACACGUGGACGCCGUGAUGAUCUUGGGCGAGGCCUUCUCGUCGCCGGAGACCUUCGACUUUGGCGCCCAAUCCACCACCGAGCGUAUCCACAACCUCAUCCCCGUCAUGCUGCGUCACCGCCUGACCCCGCCCCCAGAGGAGACAUAUUCAUUGCACCGCAAGAUGGGCGGCUCUUUCCUCAUCUGCUCCCGCCUCAACGCCAAGCUGAGCUGCAAGGACAUGUUCCACGCCACCUACCAGAGCUACUGGGAGGGACGCACGCCGCCGUCCAGCUCGACCUGAAAGGCGCCUGCUUGACUGACGGGUCCGAGGACCAAUCGCAAAUGCCAAAUGUUUGUGGAAGAGGGCGAGAUUUUAAAAGCGCAUACUUUGUCUGUGUUGAACGCCAAAGAGACGUAAGCGGGCCUUGGACUUAAUGUGCUGUUUUUGGCAUUUUAUUUUUGCUAUUGUUGAACUUUGACAGGCUUUCAGGAAUAUCAGGAUAAGAGUUAAGGAACAGUCAGCAAACAAAAUCAUGCAAUACGUGUGUCCAGGUCCUCCAUGUUUCUACCUUGAAAUGAACACAAAGUACACUGGAAAUGCAGUUUUUGUAGGCUACAUUUAGCGAGCAUUGAACUUUAAAUGAAGCUCAGGGUGAUUUUACUGCUAUACUUUCUACACCACCUAUGAAUAUAUCUUGUUUAGUCCAUUUUCCUUUUAUGUUUUUUUUUUUUGGGACCUGACGCGUGUUUGGAAGUCAAUAGGUGAUUAAAAACAAACAUGUUUGCAGUGAG